CUCCCUUGCCACCAUCCAUUCCGCCGGCGCCUUAUCCUACCCUCAUCUCCCGUACAAAACCCACUCCCUCCCUCCCGCUCCCAACCUGACCCACUCCAACCCCCCCUGCGCCAUUGCCGGCCACACUCCUCUUCCUCCUCCAUCGCCAAGAACCACCACGAGCAAUGGCGUCGCUGUCCAUGGCCACAACGCUGCCGUCGCUGGCCGGCGCCGCACCGGCGGCGAGGAAGAGGAGCGGCGUGACGUACGUGGAGGGGAUGAACGCGUACAGCGGGCUCAAGGCGCUCAACAAGGUGACCCUGCUCGGCGUGCGCAAGACCGCCGACUACUCGUUCGCCAAGGUGGUGGCCAAGCUGAGCCCCGCCGGCGGGAAGAGCCGCGGCGGCGCGUUCGGGGCGCAGUGCAACGCCGCCGGUGAGAUAUUCAGGAUCGCCGUCAUCAUGAACGGGCUCGUGCUCGUCGGCGUCGCCGUCGGCUUCGUGCUGCUCCGGGUGGAGGCGGCCGUCGAGGAGUCGGAGUAGUGGACCCCGAUCGAGCCAUAGCAGGCAGGGCCCAGCCAGCCAUGGCUGGUUGGCCCCGAUAAGCCGUGAUAUAUAACUGUGAUGUAUGUUUCGAUUAAAAUUUGCUUUCGUUUUGUACCCAUGACGAUUGGUGAAUACCCUUGGAACGAAACACGUUUUGGAGGCAGAACCUGCAAAUGCAAUUGGUUUUUCAGCUGUACA